AUGUCACUGCCUCUUCUAGCCAGACAAACGUUGCUGCGUGGCAGCCAUGCUACACCUGCGAUGCUAGCAGUCAGCCUCGGCGUCACCUCCCGCCUAAUCCACACCCAGCCAAACCAACCCCAUCCCAACGCCGGACCCAAACGUGCAUCAUGGCCACUUAAGACGCUCGGCGGUGGCCUUGUAGCAGCUGGCUCAGGCUGGUAUUAUCUUGGCACCACUGAAGCUCGCACCUUCUCCGUCAACUCGCCUCUCGAAUCCAACAAGCCAGCUGACGGAGGCAAGCAAGUCACUGGUUCAUCCACCCUUCUCCGACCAGCAUCGCCUGCCGCACCAAGUCGUCAAACAGUCACACUUGUUUUUCUCACCUCCAACACCACCAGUAAAGGCCUCGCGAAGAGCCUGAUGUCUAACCUCGUCGGAGGCUCGGGCGAAACUGAAAAAUGGUUCCAAUGGAUCGGAUACUUCCGUGAAGCCGGCUACAAUUGUCUUCAGAUGAACCUUGCUCUCCCACCCUCUGAAGCGACGGAUACGGUCACGUACGAAGGAAGAGACCGCACCGCUGCUAAGCUGGCAGAUGAGCUCCACACUCAGAUCAGAAUGAGCAACUUACAACGUCAACCGGUGUUGUUCGUUCAUCAUGCUGCGGAUGCUUCUCCCGAAGCUACCUCUCAGAUUGUUAGUCAGUACAUUGAGCCCGCACAAGCUGGCAAGAGUGGAGGUGGAUUCUGGAGUAAGCUCUUCGGUGGCGGCAGUAUGUUUGGUGGUAAACCGGCGAUUUCAGGGUUGGUGGUGAUAAGUGAUUUGGAUGAUGCUUCUGCGUUGAUGCUCUUUGGAAAACAUCCUAAGCUAAAUACAUUGAUUGUGGCGAAUGGUGGUGCGGGGACAGCGGCUCAUCAGGGUAAGGUGACGGUGAUGGAUGCUCGGAGCAAGAACCAUGAAAAGGUGAUCAAGGAUAUUGAACGAUGGCUGAUCAAGGAGGGUUACGAAGGUUGA